AUGUUGUAUAUUGAUGAUCUCCCUGAUUUUGUAUUGGUGGAAAUCAUUUGUCGACUCCCCCACGAAUCCGCAGUUCGAUGCAGGUGUGUUUCCAAGCGUUGGUUCAGUCUCCUCUCUGAUGAUUACUUUCGUUUAUGCUUUUUGUGUGUCCAGGAUGAAAAGCAGACCCCGGAGCCAACUACUCUGAUCUUCACGAAUCCAAAAGAUGCGAGGGAUUUCUUUACCAUGUCCGAGCAGCCUCCUCUGAUGCCGGAAAACCAAGGCCGCCCCCGCAGCUUCUCUUUGAGUUUCCUCCCUUGUUUUCAAAGGCCUGUCGACACACCAGACAAGGAACCAAUUGUAGUAGCGGCAUGUCGGGACUUAGUAUUAUGCUGCGCAACCAAGACUAGUUCAGACUACUACGUCUGCAAUCCAUCCACCAAGCAAUGGGAUGCCAUUCCUUCCCUUUCUCAUCAAUGCUGCCAAGAGGAAGCGUGGGUCGGAUUCAUCUGCGAACCCUACUACUAUAAGAAGGAAUGCAGAGAAGAUGGCAAUGAUAGCCGAAAGGAAAAAAGUAAUACAUUCCAACUUAACGUUGAGAGGAGGUUACGAUUAACUCAUUCAUCCUUGCCGCCGCCUUUGGAAAUAAAGCUCGAGAUUUUCACUUCCGAGACUGGUAAAUGGACGGAACAAAUUUUCUUAUACCAAAUAGGAUUUUCACUUAGUAGUUUGAAUCGCAUAGCGGUUGCCUUCAAUGGAAAUCUGUAUUGGUGGAACUUUAACGCUGGCUGGGCGAUCGAUUUGGAUAUUGAACAUCUUAAAUGGCAUUGCAUUCGUAGGCCUCAAGAUGAUCAGUUCAUCACUCCCAUCCAUUCAUAUUUUGAAAUCCUAGAUUCCAUUAAAGCAAGAUCUCGAAAAGGAUAUUGUAUGCGAAUGUGCCAGUUCACUCAAAAUCGAAACUGUCCAAUUUUUCUGAGUGUUUGGGAGUACUUGGAAGAUGAAGAGGCCAAUAACGCUGGCAAAUAUUGGUAUUUAGUAGGCAGAGUUUCCCUGGACUGGAUGAUUUCGCAAAAUCCAUUGACCAUGGAAUCGAAGGAGAAAAAGGUAAGGACGUUCGGUUUUGACCCAAAUAAUGAGGAUAUCUUAUAUCUACAAUUAUCUGGAUACGUUGUUAUGUAUAACAUUGGCGCAAAAACGGUAAAAGUGGUUUGGAAAACUGAGCUCACUUAUGAUCAUGUUCUACAACGACGAGUUGUCUUUCCAUAUCUGCACCCAUGGUGGCCGACGCCACUUCCUAAACGGAAGGGAGACCUCUACAAGACCAAGCAGCAACAGGGAUGA